AUGCCCACCAUAACACUCGCUUCUUUCCUCUCAAACUUCACCUUCGGCUUCGCACAUGGCCUCAUCGUUCCCUUUGCCCUCGCAGCAGGCCUAUCCUCACUGGGAAUACCCGCACACAUCAGCAUGGGAAUUGGCGGCUAUCUAGCUGCUCGCCCUUCUUCUACCUCUACCAGGUCUUCGUCACCACCAGCGGAGGAGGCGGAAGAUGGAGAGAAAGAGGAGGUAUCAAGCAGCGAUGGGCUGCUUCCUUCUCGUCGCCGGUGUCAAGACUCCGAGGAGAAGGCCGCUGAGGAGAUAAAGGAGAGUCCCAUUGUGGCAGGGUUGGCUGUGUCUUUUGGUUAUUUACUUGGGGGGAUACUGCUCCUGUUUCCGUACUUCUUUUUCGGUAUGGAGAAUAUACAUGUGGGAUUAGCGUGGAGCUUUGGGGUUUGUGUGGUCGCUUUGUUUCUCUUUGGCUUUGGGAAGGACUUUAUUCUGACAAGGAAUGACAAGGAUGUUGUUGAGGAAGACGUUGGCAAGAGAAGGGUUGAGAAGAGCUGUGUGGGAGGGUGUGCAAAUGGCUUUGCUGGGGAGUGUUGCUGCUGUGGCGGCGGUAUUGUAUGUCAAGGCUUUUGA